AUGGCACGGAACCUGUGGGCGGUUCCCCUUCAACUGUCCAACUUCAACAUCAUCGUGGCCUUCCUGGGCGGCUUCAUAUCGCUCUUCGGCCUCGUCUCUUUCCUCCUCAAAGAGAAUUAUUAUCUCUCCGAGGCUCUCAUAUCUCUCCUCGUAGGCGUCGCCUUUGGACCCGAUGGAGCCGACUUCAUACGACCGAGGGAUUACGCCGAGUGCGGCCAGGAAGGUGUUUCCGAACUGGCCUGCGAGGACAAGUUGGGUGCCAUGACACUCAACUUCUCGCGCCUCGUCCUGGGCGUCCAGCUCGUCUUGGCUGGCGUCCAGUUGCCCAGCAAGUAUCUCAAGACCGAAUGGAAGUCGAUCCUGCUGCUCGUCGGCCCGGGCAUGGCGUGCAUGUGGUUGGCGACUAGCCUGCUCGUCUGGGCUCUCGCCGGCACGCCAAGCUUCCUGCACGCCCUCGCCGUGGGAGCGUGCGUCACGCCGACGGAUCCCGUCCUCUCGGCGGUCAUAGUCAAGGGCAAAUUUGCCGACCAAAACAUCCCCAAGGACCUCCAGAACCUCAUCAUCGCCGAGUCGGGCGCCAACGACGGCCUGGGCUACCCCUUUCUCUUCUUCGCCCUCUACCUCAUCAAGUAUGUCGGCCCGGCCGCCACGCACGGCGGCGCCGCCGAUGCCAUGGGUCUCUGGUUUGCCUACACGUGGGGGUACACCAUCGCCCUCAGCAUUCUGUACGGCGCCGUGGUCGGCUGGAUCGGCAAGGAGCUUCUUCACUGGGCCGAGGAGCGCAACUACGUCGACCGCGAAAGCUUCCUCGUCUUCGCCCUCGCCCUCGCCCUCUUCGUCCUCGGUACCUGCGGCCUCGUCGGAAGCGACGACGUCCUCGCCUGCUUCAUCGCGGGAAACGUCUUCACCUGGGAUGACUGGUUCCGACUGCAGACGAAGGAUGACUCCUUGCAGCCGACCAUCGACAUGCUCCUCAACGUGACCAUAUUCCUGUGGUACGGCGCCGUUCUACCGUGGAGCCUCUUCGGCGACAAUGCCGUCAUCUCGACGGCCCGACUCGUCAUCCUCGGCAUCCUCGUCCUCCUUCUGAGGCGGCUACCCUGGGUCUUUGGUAUGCACAAGUGGAUUCAUCAGAUCGAGCGAGGCAGGCAGGCCAUCUUCGUCGGCUUCUUCGGCCCCAUCGGCGUCUCUGCCGUCUUCUAUCUGUUCAUCAGCUUGGAGUUCAUCCAGGAGCACCUGACGAACGAGGAUGGCGUCCCGCGGAGUGACGUGAUCAAUCUCGCGGAAACGAUUCGGGUCGUCGUUUGGUUCUUGACCCUCAGCAGCGUGGUCGUUCACGGGCUUAGCAUUCCCAUUGGGAAAAUUGGACAUUUGGCACCGAGGGGUGCGAGGACGUUUGGUCGCGUCUUGAGCGAAAGCUUGCGAGAUGAGCCGCUUUCUGCCACGGCGGGACGCAGGAUCCCCGUCGUCGGCAGAUUUCUAGCCAGAUUCAAGAACGAUGUCGAGACUGGCAGUUCGUCCGUCUCCGUCGCAUCAGGCUCUCAGCCGUCAUCCUGA